AUGGACGAAGAACAGCCAUCGCUACUCAUCCCAGAGAUUCCUUUCUCUCGUAUUCCACCCAACAGACCUCCUUCCAGUCCAUCAAAUAUGGGUAGAGUAAAAUCCACCACCAAGAAAAAGAAAGCAUCUAAACCUUCUGAAAAUCAGCCUACUCCUCGAGCUGAAAUUCCCUCGACCAGUGAUAUGUCUUCCAGAGAUAUGUUCGACCGCUACACCGCACCUGCUGUUCCAUCGAGCAGGAAGAAAGAAAGCAAGCGGCACCGCAGGGAAAAUAGCAAGGCCUCUUCGAACAAGAAGGCCCGGACUGAGGAUCUUCCAGCUGCUGCUCCCUCAAAGGAAACAACGCCACCUCCGACACCACUUGACCAGCAAUCUUCUCCUGCAGCCGCCGAGCAGAACUAUACCCCUCCAGCGCCAACCGACCAGACACCUUAA